GAUGAGAGAGAAGAAAAGAAAAGAAAGCAAAAGCCAUAAAUAAAAUAAAACGAGCUGAGAGAUGAAAAGUGGAGAACGGGAAGCGGAAAAGGAGGAAAAUUUGGGAGAAAAGUUGAAGAGGAGAGGAAUAUUGGUAGGGAAAAGCAAACCCCUUUCAACACCAACGACUUCUUGGGUUUUGGAUACCAUCAUUGCGGCUGAGGAGGACCACCACCACCCUAACGUCUCUGCUCGGAAGCUAGCUGCGGCUCUCUGGGAAUUCCACCAAUACUUUCCAAUGCAUCGUUCCGCCAGUAACGGUGGUGCUGCUGCUGCUGGUGGUGAUCCUAGACUCCGCCGCCACCAUUACAUCCUUAACAAAGACAAGGCUCCUGACAUCACUGAUUUCUUAGCUGAUGCUUCUCCCAGUUCCCCUGAUCAGCUCUUUAAUCAGCCUGCUAGUGCCACCAAUUUGAAGAGGCAUAUUGCAGCCUCACUCAUGCAGCAUCGUCGGGCAAUGGAGAGAAAUAACCAUGCACUGCAACCUGUAUCGCCGGCAAGUUAUGGUAGUUCCAUGGAGAUGACACCUUACAACCCUGCAUCCACUCCUACUAGUUCUGUGGACUUCAAGGGAAGGAUUGGGGAGCCACAUUAUAGUCUCAAGACAUCUACAGAACUCUUAAAAGUGUUAAACAGAAUAUGGAGCUUGGAAGAACAGCAUGCUUCUAACAUUUCGUUGAUAAAAGCGUUAAAAGCAGAGCUAGAUCAUACACGUAUCAGGGUCAAAGAGUUGCUUCGAGAUCGACAGGCAGAUAGACAAGAGCUUGAUGACCUGGUGAAGCAAAUUGCUGAGGAUAAGUUGGUUAGGAAGAGUAAGGAACAGGAUCGACUUCAUUCUGCUGUUCAAUCAGUGAGGGCUGAACUUGAGGAUGAGAGGAAAUUAAGAAAACGGUCAGAGAGCAUACACAGGAAACUAGCUCGGGAGCUUUCUGAGGUCAAGUCUUCUCUCACCAGUGCUUUGAAGGACUUGGAGCAAGAGAGAACAAGAAGAACAACAUUGGAGGACCUCUGCGACGAAUUUGCUAGGGGAAUAAAUGAAUGCGAACAGGAAAUGCAUGCUUUGAAACAAAAAUCUGAUAAAGAUUGGGUUCAAAGGGGUGAUAACGAUCGCUUGAUCCUCCACAUAUCUGAAUCAUGGCUGGAUGAACGUACGCAGAUGCAACUGGAAGCAGCCCAGAAUGGUUUUAUGGAUAACAAGUCCAUAGUCGAUAAACUAAGCCUUGAAAUAGAGACUUUCCUUAAAGCUAAACAACAAAGUAGGAAUAGAGAAAAUCUGGUGGUGAGGGAUCGCCGGCAUUCCUUGGAAUCUGUCCCGUUGAAUGAUGCUGUCAGUGCACCACAGGAUGUGGGUGAUGAUGAUUCUGUGGAUAGCGAUUCACAUUGUUUCGAGUUGAACAAGUCAAGCAACAAGGCAUCUAAAGUACAUGAAGAAGAGUCUGUGGACAAAAAAUUUGAUGACCGAUUGAAAACCAAUCACACCAAGAAAAAACCCAUGCCACGAGAUGGGUUAAAAAAUCAGAUUCCAUCUAGCUUGCAAGUGAAGUUUGAAGAACAGAUGGCUUGGGCCUUGUCAUCUAGUUCAAAUAAGAAGUCCCAGUCAAUUGAUGCAGCACAAGGAAAGACCACAGAUACAAGGCCAGUUGAAGGAACUAUAACGGAAAACCAUGAAAUCAUAGAGGUUAGCGAACAUGGAAGUUUUGAAAGAAAAAAUAACAGUGACUUGCACAGCUCCAGUAAAAACCACAUCAUUGAUAAUCUUAUCAGAGGUCAACUUUUGGCAUCAGAUGGUGGUAACAUGCAUGGUGAAAUUAGUAAUUAUAGUGAGGCUUCAUGCAGCAAUGCUGGAUGGAGGAAUCAGGCUAGCCCAGUGAGGCAGUGGAUGGCAAGUCAUGACAUAUCAGAGGCUUCCAAAGUUCCUUCAGGAUCAGGAUCAAAGGAGAAUAAUAAUACUUUGAAAGCAAAGCUGCUGGAAGCAAGGUCCAAGGGGCAGAGAUCGCGUUUGAAAGCCUUGAAGGGGUCCUUUUAGAGGCUAUUUGCUGUAAAUGAAAUCGGGUAAUAUUAUGAUUGGAUAUCCGUUGCUACCAGCGUAAAUGAAUAUUUGCACUCACUUCGAACUGAAGAGAACUAUUCUUAUGAAUUAAGAUGACAAAUUGUUUUGCACUUAAUUUAUCUAGACACAGCUGCAAAUGCUGAGUCACUAAGGUCCCAGCUGCAAAUUUGCAUCUCUUUGAUGGCUGUCACUACGGUCCCACGUUCUCCACUCUGGUCUCUUCCUUUGUCGUGGAAUUUUUGCUUUGUUCAUAAAUUUCUGUGUAUCUGAAUCAUAUUUCUUGUUCGGGUUUUAUUCUGUAUACUUCUUUAGAUUUUGUUAUGUCACGGAGGUAAAGGAAUCGAAUCGACUUUUAAUACAUUAGUAUGAGCAAACAAUACAUGGCAUCAAUUUGUUUGCCGAUGCAAA